AUGGCCAGCGAAGAGAGAGCUUACGGCGUGACGCCGCCCAUUUCUACAGCUCUUCCAACCGAAGCAGAGAAUCAGGCGAAGGAAGCCCUCAUUGAAGAGCUUCGGAAGCAGAACACAUUCGAGAGUCCCGCAGAGACUGCGAAGAGGGAUGCUUGCAGGUACCAGGUCAUCGACCAACUUCAACUGAUCUGCGACGAAUUCGUAAAACGAGUGGCCCGGAAGAAGGAAGAAGGCAAUGAGGCUCUUAUCAGAGACGCAAGAGGACAAAUCUUUACCUAUGGCAGCUUUCGUCUGGGCGUUUUUGGACCUGGCUCAGAUAUCGAUACUCUCGUUGUCGCUCCGAAGUACGUUACGCGAGCUGAUUACUUCGAGAUCUUUCCCGAUCUGUUAAAGGAAAUGGCCCCGGCCGGCGCCAUUACGGACAUGGCUGUUGUGGCAGAUGCUUUCGUACCCAUUAUCAAGUUUGAGUUCCUGGGCAUCAGCAUCGACCUGAUCUUCUCUCGCAUCGCUAUGCUGAAGCAGCUGCCCAAGAAGUUCAAUGUCCAGGACUCCAGCCUGCUUCGAGGUUUAGAUGAGGCAGAACUCCGAUCGCUGAAUGGUACCCGGGUUACGGAUGAAAUUCUAAGCUUAGUGCCAGAGGAGACCACCUUUAAGUUGGCUUUGCGAGCCAUCAAGCUUUGGGCACAGCGCCGUGCAAUCUAUGCCAACAUAAUGGGCUUUCCCGGAGGUGUUGCAUGGGCUAUGCUGGUUGCUCGAGUCUGUCAACUGUACCCCAAGGCCGCUAGUUCUGUCAUCGUCAACAAAUUUUUUCAUAUUAUGCGUCGCUGGCCGUGGCCACAACCCGUUCUUCUCAAGAAUGUCGAGGGCGGCCCUUUGCAAGUACGCGUCUGGAAUCCCAAGGUUUACAAGGGAGACCAAUUCCAUCUCAUGCCCGUCAUCACUCCUGCGUACCCCUCGAUGUGCGCCACCUAUAAUAUCACGCGUUCAGCCAUGACAGUUAUUCAGCAGGAGCUGCAACGAGGCUGCGAUAUCACGGACAACAUCAUGAUGGGUAAAACCCCCUGGAGUGAUUUGUUUAUAAAACACACCUUCUUCACACAAGGAUACAAGUAUUAUAUUUCCGUUGUCACCGCAAGCACCGAUAAGGAGGCCCACAAAGUCUGGUCCGGCUAUGUUGAGUCGAAGGUUCGUGUUUUGGUCCAGGGUUUGGAACAGCACCAGUCAAUAGCGUUAGCCCACGCAUUCAACAAGGGCUAUGAUCGACGACACAGAUGCUCAAAUGACGAAGAAAUCCAACGAGUUCAGGCCGGAAGUCUUGAUUUUUUGGCCAAAGAUGGUGAUGACGAAGGCAUGAAUGUUACAGGGCCAGCAAAAGAGAAAGCCGAGCAGGCCAUUUCAAAUGGCACACCCGGUAUCAAGACGGAACCAGAAGGCAUAACUGCGGUUAGAUCUGAAAUGAAAGAUAUGAUUGCGGGAGUGAAAGAGGGUGAGGAGUUCAAGGUCAAGUUGGAGGGCAAAGAAGGACAUUCCCUCCCGACUGAAGUGUUCACGACCACACAUUAUAUUGGGCUGACACUAAGCGAAGUUUUAUUUAUGUGUAAUGCUGACUUAUUAGGCGCCAAAUCUCUUGAUCUAUCCUACCAGGUGGACAACUUCAAGUCGUUGUGUACAGCAUGGGAAAAAUACAAGCCGGAACUCAACUCCCUAACUGUCCAACACGUCCGGAGUUUCAAUUUGCCAGACGACGUUUUCGAAUCCGGGGAGAAGAAGCCCCAGAAACCUCAGAAGAGACAAGCUAGUGCGAAUGGGGCCGCGCAGGUCAAAAAGCGCAACGCUUCAGAGGACACUCAACAACCGCCUGCAAAGCGCCAGCAAGCCUCAGUGACAGCUGCUGGCUGA